AUGAUUUAUUGGCUGGUUGCAAUAUUGUUCAUCCCUGCUGUUGCUCAAGCUGGUACAGAAGUGAGUUUUCUUGUGAAAUCAACUUUCAUUGUUCUGCUCUGCUUGCAGGCUAAUUUCGAAGACACACGAUGUCGCUGUAUCUGCCCGAGUCUUCUGAAGUUUCUAGACGUAUCUGACAAUGCGACGGACAAGUCGGAAGGUUUCAGAAGAAGGUUUUACACUAAAACCAACAUCGAGCCGAGCCAUUGGUAAUUCUUUCCAUAGAAAAUAGUCUCAUCCUACAGUGCUCUUUACAGCAAGCCAGCAAAUAUAGUUAAAGAUCAAGUCGACAACCUUGUUGACGAAUCGCACAUGGAUGCGUUCUUGGCCAACUGCGAUUGUCGCUACGAAUCGCGCAACACAGUUCUUCUCAAAGUAGUCGUGAUCUUCGUGAUCUGUGUGAUCGCGGUUCUCACUGGCUACAUGGUCUUCCUGAUGUGCCUGGACCCGAUGCUUCGCAAAAAGAGACUCUCCAUCAGUUACCAGCAGCACAAUGAUGAAAUGGAGGAUAACAUCUUCGCAGCAGCCGCCUCUACAGACGAUGAGUCAGCGACGAGCAGUACAUUGGACACACAGGGAACGACGCGAGCACGAGGCAGUAAGUAUAACGACAUCGGGGAAUAAUAAUUCUAACCAAAUAGUGUUUCCUAUAGAUGUCCUCGGACGGGUCGAGGCCGAGCAGAGCCGGUGGAUGAAGAAGGUCGAGGAGCAGCGACGGAACAUAUUCGAAGAUCACACGAUGCUCAAUUGA